GGAGGGAGGGGGAGCCAAAGCGGGGCGAGAGGGAAGGAAGACUGGUCCGCCCGGGCCGCCCCACCGCCGAAAGGAAAAUGUGUGCUGGUUAAUGCAGGGCAGAUGCAUUGGUUUUUCCUCAUUUCACGCUCAUACUGAACUAGGGACAGGCGACCUGGCUGGGUCCACAUAAGGGAAAGAGGGGAGAGAAAAAUAAUAACAAUCCACUUGACACUAGUAAAAUGGAGCACCCCCCUUAUCAUGGAUAUGGUUCGCAUUACUGGAAUUCAUCUUCCAGAAGUCCCUACCCAAGCCCAUAUUCUGUUGGACCAGAGCUCCAAGGCCAGGGAAUUGAUCCUUCCUACACAAAUGGUGUUUAUGGCACUCCAUACUCUACUUCUGGGACUGGACCACCAUAUUCCAAUAUCCCACAAUCAAAUGCCUACUAUUCCUCAGGGCAUCCUCAUGCACCAUAUUCCACAGAGUCUCCCAAUGCAUAUAGAUCACCAUCACCAGCUUCUAACUGGAACUACCCACCACCAGACUGCCCAGCUGAAGGUUCCAUGGUGAGGAGGCAAAUGCCAGGAUAUUCUCCUCCACAGACACCAAACUUUCCAGUCCCACCCUAUCCGUAUGGCGACUGCAAUCACAGCAUUCCACAACAGAGGCCCCCGCCACCACCUCAGCCAAGACUUCAGGAUACAAACUGGAGACCUCCUCUCCAGUAUGGAAUGCAUCCUCCGUAUGGUUGGUCUCCUUCAUCAACAGGACAUGGGAAUCAAUAUGUUGCAGAAUCCUCUCCUCCUUGGCCGCCUAGUGGAGUAUCUGCUCCACAUGCUCCAAAUAACAAUGCAAAGGACUCUUAUAACCAAUUGGAGCAAGGAAGUAACCAGCAGGGCUACUUUUCUGAAGCCAAUAACCUGCCUUCUGGGACCAUGAAUGACUACAAGCCGGCGCAGUUUGAUACUAAGCCAUCUGCUUCCAACCCCAAAGUGCAGUAUAGUGCGCAGCCCCAGCUGUAUGAUAAUGUACAUAGGAAACCAUCUGUGACUGCUGACCAUGGACCAGGAUCUAAAACCAGUAUUCAGACUCCAUCAGAGAUACCAGAUGUGCUAUCAGGCAUACAAAAGGUUAUGCAAGUUAUGGAGGGCGUUGAGCAGUUGGAGGAGGAGGUGGACGAAUUUGUAGGGAAAAAGACAGACAAGGACUACUGGCUGCUGGAGGAAAUGCUGACCAAGAAGUUGUUGGAGCUGGACUCUGUGGAGACGGGUGGUCAGGACAAUGUACGGCAGGCAAGGAAAGAGGCCGUUCACAGAAUCCAGGCCAUACUGGAAGAACUGGAAAGAAAGGGGCUUUAAUGUAGGUAAUAAUCCUCAGGCCUCCAGUCUUUGAAUGCCCAGAGAUAUCUAGCUUUGUCCGAUUCUCCGCCCUCUUUACCACCCAAAGCAAUAAGUGGGGACUUGCAUUUUAAUUUUAAAGUAACACCACUGGUUAGUUGGUUGUGACUAAAUGACGAUUUCAAACCCAAAGUCUUGGUGAUCCUACCAAUGAAUGCAGGAGAAGGGAUGAAGUGCUGACCCUGGUGACUGAAGACUUCAGCUAUAGCAGCCUCGAUGGAUAUUGCCACAUUUUUCCAGCCGCAGAAGGAAAACACUGAGUAAAAGACAUUUUGGUACCAGAGCGUGCAUCUCUGAAGAGAUCUCUUGGAACACCAAGGACUUCAGCUGCUCAAGUAACAUGCCAAAAUUUGUAAGGUACAAAGACCUUUCAGUCACAACCCAGCGCCAGUAAAACCAAGACUUCGUCUCCCUAGCUGCUGCUCUUGUGUAUUAUUUCCGCCUUCCUCACUCCUUGCCAUAUAAAUUGUGUAGUGUUUGGUAACUUUUCGGGUACUUUCUGUUAAAGUGCAACCAUACAGUAUGGCAGCCAAAACCAAUAGAUGUUUUAUGCUAUAUUUUCUCCUUUAUCAUGCAGAUAUAAUCCACACUGCUUUUUCAUAAGGUAGACAGAAGGAAAUGCUUUGAUCAUUGCAAAUAAAAGACUGAUUGUAGGAACUGUGGGCCGGAGGCAUUUCAGGACAAUUGUACUUAAUUGUGAUGUCACUUCAUAUGUUGCAGUUUUUUGUAUUCCACUUUUAAUCUUGUAACUGAUUCCGUAUGAUCAACUCUAUCUAUAGGUGGCAGGGAGGGCUACUGCUGUGAAUCUUUUAACUCCUCACAAAGUGGUUGUUGCUCCAAACACAAGAAAUAAACCACUUAGUUUUAAAACAUACACUUAUUGCAAGGCAUCAUCAAGUAAGAACAGUAUUGGUGUAUCAGAUCAUUAAAAAUGAUGAAUUGGGUAUUAAA